AUGAACAGCAAUGAGUUCGAUGCCAAAGCUGUGGAUGGGCUACGUGAGUUUGUGGGUGAUGUGCUGUACGCCAUACUUCGGUUGCCCGAGACAUGCAGCUUCCCGCGGGGAUUGCAAAUGUCUUGCGGUUCGGGAGAUUGGGACGAGCAACGGGAUUUCCUCACCUCGCACCAUCACUUGCAGUGCGUCUUGGGGCUGCAGAGACUGGCAGAAUCGGCGGAUUCGACGAAUUACGCGCUGGUCGUUGUGCAGAUCCACCUUCUUGUGCAGCAAGCGCGCUCUGCCCGCAUACACCGAAGGGCCCAAGGUCCAAUGAAGAUCAUCCACAUAGGUGACAGUGACAGCGAUGCGGAAAUGACCCAUACUGGCCACAAGGGAGGAGAGGGUAGCGAUUCGGGCACAGGUGGCACAGCUGGAAAGCGCAUAGAUGCCGCGUGCGGCGAUACAUUGAGCAUCUUGGAGGAUCGUCCACUUGGCAAGGCUCCCAGAGUUGCUCAUCAUCUUCUCUGGGGUGGUCUCCUUCUCCAUCCUCCGCUCUGCCGCCUGGCCGCUGGCAGUUGGCGCAGCUUCGGCGCGGCCUUUUGCUUCAUCAGACACGUCACCUUCGAGGUGGUGCAAGUGUUCGGGGCUGAGCGAAGCUGGGAGUGGCUGCAGCAGCACUCGGUAGAGGACCGCUCGGAGGGAGACCUGGGGGAAGGUGCUCGUUACUUCCUCACCACGACAAAGCUUGGGCCCGAGCUCUUUGGAAUACGUAUUGGAGAGCAGGGCGAGGCUGCCGUGUACUACCACCAUCGUGGGGCUUGGCACCCGUAUCGUUCCGGGCGCCUUUUGUAA